GCUUUGUAAGCUGGUGCAGAGAGAUGCCUCCAGUUGACAGACAGACACAGGAGAAUCUGCAACUUCUAGAACUGCUCCUUGGUCUUCCUAGUAUCUGAAGUAAAUGAAAAUUUGAAGUUAUUCCAGCGCCAUCAACCAUGAGGCAGAUAUAUUUAACUAACAGCAAUUCUCAAUGUGACUGAAGUUCAAGAACUUUAAUAGCUCAAUGGAUGGGGAAUUGACCAUGAGUAAGAAGGCCACAUCGGCUAAACGGAAGUCCUCUACUGAGGAGCAAAACACCAACCAAGUCCACCCUCUUCGAGCCGAGCUCUACGAUCAACGCAAAACCAUGCUCAACACUGAUAUGCUGAACAUCAUUAAAAGAAGCCCUAGUUUCAUCAGGACUGGACAAAGCUCAGCUAAAAUCGUCUCUGCAGAGCAGGACCAGUUCAGGAAAUGGAUUCGUGACAACAUCAGGAAAAAGGAGUGCAUCUAUUUUUUCGAGAGACAGACUGCUGGGUCAGUAUGUGAGUGCGGAUACCCCAGGGAACAUCACAGAGAGGAGGCUAUUAACCUGGGUCGUUUACACGGUGAGCAAUGGAAUGCCAUGAAACACCUCCGGCAAGUCCCUACCGAUGCAUUUGGAGACAUAGUAUUUGAAGGACAAGGGCAGAAAGUUGCAAAGUACGCCAGAGUCUCAAAUGACACUGCUCCAGUAACACUCUACCAUCUCAUGACUGAGUAUUGGGGACUAAACCCUCCACAUCUUCUCAUUUCUGUAACUGGAGGGGCAAAGAACUUUCACUUGAAGCGAGGCCUGAGAGUCAUGUUCCAGAGAGGCCUAAUUAAAGUCGCCCAAUCGACAGGUGCGUGGAUUAUCACGGGAGGCACAUUUGCUGGGGUGAUGAGGCAUGUUGGAGAGUCAGUGCGACACUGUAAGAUGACCAGCCAAUCCAAGAAACAACAGAUUGUGGCCAUUGGUAUUGCGAGUUGGGGUAUUGUGCAUAACCGAGAGAGGCUGAUAUCUGAAGAGGGCAGGUUUCCUGUGGAAUAUUACAUGGAUGAGGCCAAUCAGGGCAGACUAUCCUGCCUGGACUACAACCAUACCCACUUUAUCCUGGUUGACAAUGGCACCCAUGGACAAUAUGGUGUGGAGAUUCUCCUAAGGGCCCAAUUGGAAAAGUACAUCUCAAAGCAGCGAAUGGGAACUGAAGAUGUUGGAAUUGAAACCCCAAUUGUAUGUGUUGUCCUUGAAGGAGGCCCAGGAACUCUGAACACAAUAUACAAUGCCAUGGGCAAUGGCACCCCCUGUGUAAUAGUGGAAGGUUCAGGACGAGUAGCAGAUGUUCUGGCUAAUGCGGCUGACUUGCCCAUGGCUCAGAUAACCAUCUCCUUCGUCCAGAAGCAACUGCGCAUGUUCUUUGCUGAAAUGUAUGACAAGUUCUCUGAGCGGGAGAUAACAUCAUGGACCAAAAAGAUUCAGGACAUUGUUAGGAUGAGGGAGCUGCUGACUGUUUUCAGGACGGAGAAGUCGAGGAAUGAUGAGUUGGAUGUUGCCAUUCUGGAGGCCUUGCUGAAAGCCUCUAGUUCCCAUGGGCACAAAGGCCAGGAGAACCUGGAUCACCAGAUGAAGCUGGCUGUGGCCUGGAACAGAGUGGAUAUUGCCAAAAGCACCAUUUUCACCGAUGACAAACAUUGGAAGCCCCACCACCUCCACCAAGCCAUGUUCGCGGCUCUCGUCAGUGACAAGCCCGGCUUUGUGGAACUCUUCCUGGAGAAUGGUGUGAACCUCCGGGAAUUCCUCACGCCGGAAAUCCUCGAGCGGCUAUACAACAACAUUCCACCCUACACUCUUUUGUACAAGAAGCUGCAGAAAGUGGUGCAAGGAGGAAAACAAACUCACGUCAGUGAUACGACAGACAGCAAAAGGAAUGUCCUCCUCCACCAUGUUUCCACAGUCCUCCAGGAGCUGCUCGGGGAAUUCACUGAACCUCUCUACAGAACACUGAAAGACGUUCAGGACAGAAAGAAGGUCAACAACACGGCAAUAAAAAUAAAUAUCCUGCCAUCAAGUCUCCAAGAGCUGCACACUUACUCCCAGGAGAGUGGGAUCUGUGAACAGGAAGUUGAGAAUCCAGAGCGUGACCUUUUCAUCUGGGCCAUUUUGCAGAAACGCAAGGAUCUGGCAUCAAUUUUUUGGGUGCAGGCAAUGGACAGCAUCGAUGCAUCACUGGUCGCCUGUAAGAUCCUGAAGAAGUUGUCCUGUGAGGAGAAUGACACAGACUUAUCUGAGGAAAUGGAAGAAUUGGCCCAGGAGUAUGAGAAUCGAGCAGUAGGGUUAUUCACAGAGUGUUACAGGAAACACAGUAAGCGAGCACAGAAGCUGCUGAUUCGGGUAUCGAGUACCUGGGGGAAUACAACUUGCUUGCGUCUGGCGUUAGAAGCUGAAAGCCAGAAGUUCAUGGCACUUGGAGGUGUUCAGGCACUGCUGACCAAGAUCUGGUGGGGUGAGCUCUCUGUUGACACCAACACAUGGCAGGUACUGCUCUGCCUUCUUCUCUGGCCUGUCAUCUACUCCAACCUCAUCACUUUCAGGCGGGAUGAAGAAUGGAGAAAGAAGAAGCUAUCUAGUGAUAAUGUGCUGAUUGUUAAUCUUCCCGAAAACAGCAAUGUCAACCUUCACACUGGACAGCGUUCCAUCUCACGGACUGCCCUGUUGCCUCGUUCUGAUGACACCGAUUUGAAACCACUGUCACCCUGGCAGAAGCUAAAGACUUUCUACACCGCACCCGUGGUGGUCUUUUACUGGAAUGUCCUGGCCUAUUUUGGGUUCCUGUGGCUGUUUUCCUAUGUUCUGCUGAUCGACUUCCAGAAACAACCUUCAGGAAAGGAAUACCUUCUCUAUUUCUGGCUGUCUACUUUGGUGUGUGAAGAAAUAAGACAGCUGUUGUAUGAUCCGGGUGGUUUCGGCUUCCGGAGGAAGGCCCUCUUAUACAUCAGUAGCGCCUGGAAUUGCAUGGACGUGGCUGCCAUCGUGAUUUUUGUGGUGGGGCUCUUUUGCAGGUUUUUCCCUUCAACUUUAUACUUGGGAAAGAUUAUUUUGGCCCUGGAUUUCAUCAUUUACUGUCUCAGAGUGAUGCAUAUCUUUACUGUUAGCAAAACGCUUGGGCCAAAAAUCAUCAUGGUGCAAAUGAUGAUGAAGGAUAUCUUCUUCUUUCUGUUUCUACUGCUACUGGCAGUCGUGGCAUACGGUGUGGCCAAACAGGGUAUUCUCAUCCACAAUGAACAGCGGUUGAACUGGAUAUUCCAGGGGGUGGUGUACCAGCCGUACCGAAUGAUAUUUGGCGAAAUCCCGACUGAUGUCAGUUAUUCAGGCUUUGAUCUGAGUCAGUGCACGGUGAAUGGCAGUGACCCCUACAAACCCAUGUGUCCUGAGCAUGACAGCGAGAACAUUCCCACCUUCCCAGAGUGGUUAACCACCAUCCUGCUCUGUCUGUACCUGCUGUUCAGCAACAUUCUCCUGCUCAAUCUUUUGAUUGCGAUGUUCAACUACACUUUCCAAGUGGUCCAGGACAAUACAGAUAUAAUCUGGAAGUUUCAAAGGUAUCCCCUAAUCGAGGAGUAUUACUGCCGUCCACCUGCACCCCCUCCCUUCAUCGUAUUCAGUCACAUCUUCCUCUUAAUUGAACAUUUAGCGCAGCGGAAACCAAGAUGGAAGCAUAAGAAAUUCAAGAAACAGCUGGAUGAGAAAGAGGAGGCUGAGCUAUUAGCCUGGGAAGCCAUCAUCAAGGAGAACUACCUGGUGAAACAAAACCGCCGUGAGAAACAGAGUCUCAACCAACAAAUCAACUACACCAAGGAGAAGGUGGAUGCAGUGGCAGAGGCAAUCGACCUCAACAGGGAAGGCAGUAAAAUGGAGCACAGAAUCUCUCAUCUGGAGGAACAGAUGAUGCAGACCAUGAGGGCCUUGAACUGGAUUGUGAACACACUGAUAGAAAAAGAUUUUGGCUCCAGGGAGAGUGCACCUACCCUCGUCAUUUCUGAUACAGAGGACGAAUUUGAGGCUGAGGCAAAGGAACUCAAGCCUGCGUGCCAUGUGCUUGCCCGAAGUUUGGUGUAUCCAGGUACCAACAUUAAUCGGUUUCCUGUACCUGACGAGAAGGUGCCAUGGAAGGUUAAGUUUGAUGGAUACACCCCUCCUAUUUAUACAACUGAAACAGCAGGAGGUGACUGCUCUACUGGGUUGGCCGAAAGGAAAAAGUCUGAGACCGGAGAUGCAGGCCUGGAUGCUCCUGAGCUUGAGGAAUCAUUACCCUUAAAUCCACAUGGAAGGACUGGCAUGAGGGGAAAAGGGAGUCUUCACUGUUACGGACCAAACCUCGCAAUGAAUCCCAUUAUUACGCGCUUUAAGAGGAACUCAGAAAACGCUGUCACUGAGAAAAAUGGCAAGCGGGUACUAGAGUUUCUUGUCAUCCGAUAUCCAGGUGAAGAAUGGACCACACCCACGGGAAUCCUGGAACCUGGAGAGAUGUUCCCAAGAGACAUGAGGAUCAUCUUAAACCAAAAGAUACUGGGCAUGUUUCGGAAACUGCAAAAGAAGGCCCUAGAGGUCUGUAAGGGAUAUGAGGAUGACAUCAGAAACACAGACAAUGCAUGGAUUGAAACUGUGGUCAUCAACAUGCAUCUGGAUGAUGACAAUCCAUUUAUAAAUGCGAUCACAAGCAGAGGUGGCUCAGGGACAAGCAGAGAGAUGAAGAUUCCGCUGAUGGUGGAGGGGGUAGCAAAGGAGCUAGCAGUACAAUGGCAGACUGUGGAGCAAGGAGACCCAGUGUGUGCGCGGUACAAAGCGUACCUGCAGGUAGUGACUGACUUUCAUGGCGCCUGCUUCUAAACCGCUCACAACGAUAAAGCCGGAGACCACCUUAACUGAGCCAGAGUGGCGAAGAACAAGAGACACAGACCUGACCCACUCAGCAAAGCACCAACCAGAUAUUGCACCUGCAAAUGGGAUUUGAAUACAAAACUCAAACAAAGCCUGCUGAUAAACGAAAGGGCACUUGAUAAUGGCACAUUACCUUGCAUGUCCUGAUCCUGCAACAAGAGAGAUAUAGAAAUCUGUUGAAACGUUGCAGAAUAAAAAGAGAUCUUUGUAACUUAA